AUGCUCCCAUGGGGACCUAAAAGGGACCUCAGCGCCUGCAGGGCUUCUCCUAAGGGCGGCUGUAGCCCUAGGGGCCUCCCAAAGGCGGCGUCGCCCCCAGCGGCAUCCUUAGGAGUAGUGGCGCCCCCAGGGGCCUCUCCGAAAAUCGACUGCGCCCCCACUGCCCCUCCCAAGAGCGACUGUGCCCCCAGGGGGCCCCCAAAGACGGCAGCGCCUCCAGCGGCCCUCCUUAGGAGUAGUGGCGCCUCUUGGGACCCUGCCUGGGGCGGUGGUGCCCCCAGGGACCCUCCCAAGGGCGGGGCCGCUACCACGGGCCCAAUGAGGGUGCAGAGCCCCCUGUGGCUCUCCCAGGGAUGUAGGUGCCCCCAGGGGCCUCUCCGAAAAUCGACUGCUCCCCCACUGCCCCUCACAAGAGCGACUGUGCCCCCAGGGUCCAUGCCAGGGGCCAUCCUAUGGGCGGUGGUGCCCCCUGGAGCCCUCCCAAAUGAGGCGGCUCCCCCAGAGGCACUCCCAGGGUCGUCAGUGCCCUUAGGGGCCUCUCGCAAGAUGCAAAAACAACUGGUCCCAGGGGCCCUACAGGGACAUUGUCCACUGGGGCCCUUACAUUUGUCCUACCAGGUGCAGAGCCCCCUGUGGCUCUCCCAGGGUUGUAGGUGCCCCCAGGGGCCUCUCCGAAAAUCGACUGCUCCCCCACUGCCCCUCACAAGAGCGACUGUGCCCCCAGGGUCCAUGCCAGGGGCCAUCCUAUGGGCGGUGGUGCCCCCUGGAGCCCUCCCAAAUGAGGCGGCUCCCCCAGAGGCACUCCCAGGGUCGUCAGUGCCCUUAGGGGCCUCUCGCAAGAUGCAAAAACAACUGGUCCCAGGGGCCCUACAGGGACAUUGUCCACUGGGGCCCUUACAUUUGUCCUACCAGGUGCAGAGCCCCCUGUGGCUCUCCCAGGGAUGUAGGUGCCCCCAGGGGCCUCUCCGAAAAUCGACUGCUCCCCCACUGCCCCUCCCAAGAGCGACUGUGCCCCCAGGGUCCGUGCCAGGGGCCAUCCUAUGGGCGGUGGUGCCCCCUGGAGCCCUCCCAAAUGAGGCGGCUCCCCCAGAGGCACUCCCAGGGUCGUCAGUGCCAUUAGGGGCCUCUCGCAAGAUGCAAAAACAACUGGUCCCAGGGGCCCUACAGGGACAUUGUCCACUGGGGCCCUUACAUUUGUCCUACCAGGUGCAGAGCCCCCUGUGGCUCUCCCAGGGAUGUAGGUGCCCCCAGGGGCCUCUCCGAAAAUCGACUGCUCCCCCACUGCCCCUCCCAAGAGCGACUGUGCCCCCAGGGUCCGUGCCAGGGGCCAUCCUAUGGGCGGUGGUGCCCCCUGGAGCCCUCCCAAAUGAGGCGGCUCCCCCAGAGGCACUCCCAGGGUCGUCAGUGCCCUUAGGGGCCUCUCGCAAGAUGCAAAAACAACUGGUCCCAGGGGCCCUACAGGGACAUUGUCCACUGGGGCCCUUACAUUUGUCCUACCAGGUGCAGAGCCCCCUGUGGCUCUCCCAGGGAUGUAGGUGCCCCCAGGGGCCUCUCCGAAAAUCGACUGCUCCCCCACUGCCCCUCACAAGAGCGACUGUGCCCCCAGGGUCCAUGCCAGGGGCCAUCCUAUGGGCGGUGGUGCCCCAUGGAGCCCUCCCAAAUGAGGCGGCUCCCCCAGAGGCACUCCCAGGGUCGUCAGUGCCCUUAGGGGCCUCUCGCAAGAUGCAAAAACAACUGGUCCCAGGGGCCCUACAGGGACAUUGUCCACUGGGGCCCUUACAUUUGUCCUACCAGGUGCAGAGCCCCCUGUGGCUCUCCCAGGGAUGUAGGUGCCCCCAGGGGCCUCUCCGAAAAUCGACUGCUCCCCCACUGCCCCUCACAAGAGCGACUGUGCCCCCAGGGUCCAUGCCAGGGGCCAUCCUAUGGGCGGUGGUGCCCCCUGGAGCCCUCCCAAAUGAGGCGGCUCCCCCAGAGGCACUCCCAGGGUCGUCAGUGCCCUUAGGGGCCUCUCGCAAGACGACUGUGCCCCCAGGGGCCGUGCCAGGGGCCAUCCUAUGGGCGCUGGUGCCCCCUGGAGCCCUCCCAAAUGAGGCGGCUCCCCCAGAGGCCCUUCCAGGGUCGUCGUUGCCCUUAGGGGCCCCUCGCAAGAGUGAAUGCGCCCCCAGGGGCCCUGCCAGGGGCAGUGGCUCCCCCAGGGGUCCUUACAGGGGCGGUGGUGCUCGCAGGGGACGUAAAAAAGACCUCAGCGCCUGCAGGGCUUCUAAGGGCCUCCCAAACGCGGCAGCACCCCCAGCGGCCCUCCUUAGGAGUGGGGGCGCCCCUUGGGACCCUGCCUUGGGCGGUGGUGCCACCAGGGACCUUCCCAAGGGCGGGGCCGCUACCACGGGCCCUACCAGGGUCGGCUGUGGACCUCAGAGGGGCAGUAACGCCACCUGGGACCCUCUUAAGGAGGCCCUCCCAAGAUCGUCGGUGCCCUUAGGGGCCCCUCGCAAGAGUGACUGCGCCCCCAGGGGCCCUUACAGAGGCGGUGGUGCUCGCAGGAGACCUAAAAAGAGCCUCAGCGCCUGCAAGGCUUCUCCUAAGGGCAACUGUGGCCCUAGGGGCCUCCCAAAGGCAGCGGCGCCCCCAGUGCAGAACCCUCUGGGGCUCUCCCAGGGAUGUUUGUUUACCCAGGGGCCCCUCCGAAAAUCAACUGCGCCCCCACAACCCCUCCCAAGAGCGACUGUGCCCCCAGGGGCCGUGCCAGGGGCCAUCCUAUGGGCGGUGGUGCCCCCUGGAGCCCUCCCAAAUGAGGCGGCUCCCCCAGAGGCCCUCCCAGGGUCGUCGUUGCCCUUAGGGGCCCCUCGCAAGAGUGACUGCGCCCCCAGUGGCCCUGCCAGGGGCAGUGGCUCCCCCAGGGGUCCUUACAGAGGCGGUGGUGCUCGCAGGGGACGUAAAAAAGACCUCAGCGCCUGCAGGGCUUCUAAGGGCCUCCCAAAGGCGGCAGCACCCCCAGCGGCCCUCCUUAGGAGUGGUGGCGCCCCUUGGGACCCUGCCUGGGGCGGUGGUGCCACCAGGGACCCUCCCAAGGGCGGGGCCGUUACCACGUGCCCUACCAGGGUGCAGAGCCCCCUGUGGCUCUCCCAGGGAUGUUGGUGCCCCCAGGGGCCUCUCCGAAAAUCGACUGCUCCCCCACUGCCCCUCCCAAGAGCGACUGUGCCCCCAGGGUCCGUGCCAGGGGCCAUCCUAUGGGCGGUGGUGCCCCCUGGAGCCCUCCCAAAUGAGGCGGUUCCCCCAGAGGCACUCCCAGGGUCGUCAGUGGCCUUAGGGGCCUCUCGCAAGAGUGACUGCGCCCCCAGGGCCCUGCCAGGAGCAGUGGCUCCCCCAGGGGCCCUUACAGAGGCGGUGGUGCUCGCAGGGGACCUAAAAAGGACCUCAGAGGUCUGCAGGGCUUCUAAGGGCGGCUGUGGCCCUAGGGGCCCCCAAAGGCGGCAGCGCCUCCAGCGGCCCUCCUUAGGAGUAGUGGCGCCUCUUGGGACCCUGCCUGGGGCGGUGGUGCCCCCAGGGACCCUCCCAAGGGCGGGGCCGCUACCACGGGCCCUACCAGGGUCAGCUGUGGACCUCAGAGGGGCAGCAAUGCCACCUGGGACCCUCUCAGGGGCAGCAAAGGCCCUUCCUGGGACAGCGGGGCCCCCAGGGGCCUACCCAGGAGCUGCAGCGCUCCUUGGGGAAGCGGCGCUGCCCAGGGGCCCUCUAGCUUCCUUGGUCGUUGUGUUUGCAAAAACAACUGGUCCCAGGGGCCCUACAGGGACAUUGUCCACCGGGGCCAUUACAUUUCUCCUACCAGGUGCAGAGCCCCCUGUGGCUCUCCCAGGGAUGUUGGUGCCCCCAGGGGCCCCUCCGAAAAGCGACUGUGCCCCCACGGCCCCUCCCAAGAGUGACUGCAAUUACUUAAAGAAAAGUACCAAGGGAACAAUUAGAAAACAUGCACUUAAGUUGAUGUUUUUGUUGCUCAAGGAAGACUGA